AUGACAAAUCUUAGUAAAAGCGUAAUUGUUACUACCACCACUGCACCUAACUCUUCUAUACGAGCAUUAAUUGAUGAUGAAAAUGGAGGUGGAAGUUAUGAUUUUGGUUACAAUAAUAAUUGCGUUUAUAAUGAUAUUUUGAAAGAGGAAAAAAUGAUAGAGAAUGAGGCUGGUAGCCAAGGCAAAGAAGAAUAUUUGUAUGACUGUCUACAAAACAACUGA